AUUUAUCAGAGGGAGAAUGUAAGAUCUGAAGUCUUCUAGUCCAAGAAUCUCUCAAAGGUUAAGGCAAAGAAUCAGGAAUGAUAAUAAUUAGAACAGAUCUUUGCAGCCCCUGGUUGGGAAUUUUCCGUUCCAUUGGCAGGAAGGCAAACACCUUCUGUCCUGGUACCUUCCUCCUGGCCAGGGUUGGUUACUUCCACCCUGCACCUUGGUUCAGCUCCGCCCACUGUGGCCCAGCUGCUGCGUCUCUGUCCAUCAGCCUCAGAGCCAGCUCUGGCUGUGACGAGAUGGGGCUGCCCCAGCCAGGGCUGUGGCUGAAGAGGCUCUGGAUACUCCUGCAGGUGGCCCUGCAUGUGACUUUGGGCAAAGUACAACUAAAACUGUUUCCCAGGAGAGUCAAGCAGCAUAUCUUGGCCAUGAACCGGAAGAACCCGCACUUCUCCUAUGAUAACUGGGCUCCAACCCUCUUCAGCACCCCAUAUUUCUGGUUCAUCCUGAAGGUCCGUUGGCAACGACUGGAGGACAAGACUGAGGAAGGGAGUCUAGCUCCAAACUGCCCUGUGGUCCGCCUUUCAGGACAGAGGUGUCACAUUUGGGACUUCAUGCAAGGCAACAGGCCACUGGUGCUGAAUUUUGGAAGUUGUACCUGACCUUCAUUUCUUUUCAAAUUUGACCAAUUCAAGAGACUUAUUGAAGACUUUAGCGCCAUAGCAGAUUUUCUCGUCAUUUACAUUGAAGAAGCACAUGCAUCAGAUGGCUGGGCUUUUAAGAACAACGUGGUCAUCAAGAAUCACCGGAACCUCCAGGACCGCCUCCAGGCAGCCCACCUGCUGCUGGACAGGAGCCCCCGGUGCCCUGUGGUGGUGGACACAAUGAAGAACCAGAGCAGCCAGCUCUACGCGGCACUGCCCGACAGGCUCUACGUGCUCCAGGAGGGCAGGAUCCUCUACAAGGGUAAGCCUGGCCCUUGGAACUAUCACCCAGAGGAAGUUCGUGCUGUUCUGGAAAAACUCCGCAGUUAACCUGGACGGAUCCCCCAGUUCCAGUGACCAAGAGGAAGGCUCCUCAAGGCUUGGCUCUCCCCCCAACCCAGCUGGCUUUUACCUCUUGACCUGUGUCUCAGUGGAAUUACUAGCUCAGAUUUUUCUGAUCUAAGCAAACAGUUGUUAUAAUCAGAAAAUGAAGCAGCCAGUGAGCUGAGUGUUAAAGAAUAUACAACUCCACACUGUCUCCACUGUGGACACCACUUCACAGCAUGACGUCUCUGAGUGUGAGCAGUCGUCCUCUGGGUGUACUUCUCAAACGUGGUCUCUCCAGUUGCCCUAGUUCCAAGUGAUUAGAUAUGGCAUCCCUUAUGUUAGGUAAAUGCAUUUUACCAAAUUUAUCAUUUAUGGAACUGAUUGAUAUUUAAAACACUAAACUGGUUUUUAGACCCAAGCAUGGGAGAACUCCAGGUGUUUAGAGAGAGAUGAGGAAUUGAAAAAGGAGGGAGUAGGGAUGAGAGGAGACAGUAAAGAUGGUAAUCCUUUCCCUGCCAAAAAACUGAAACCAGUCAGUGGUGGUGGUGGUGAGGGGUGAGCUUCCAUGGUAAUGCAUCUCCAAUUCUACUGUAGAAGAGGUGGGUACUUUACAAUCUUUGAAUAUACUUCAUAGAAAUCUGGCUCUCUGUAUUCUGGAAUCUUCUACUAUCUUUACUUAUCAAUGAAGUCACUUGGGAGGGGGAGGACCGGCUUCCCAAAAACAUAACCUUGACCAAACUAGACAACAGGCACCAGCAAAGCUGUCGUUCAGUUAUGCAGAAGCUCAUACUUGAAGUUCUAUUUCUCAGAUUUUUUUUUGCAAGUCUCUUAAUGGUCAUUUGUGUUCAGUUAUAUCAGACGAAUGGAUAACCAUUGGUACUCAUCUGUUUUAACUCUGCUUCUCUUCAUAUUUGUUUAUGACGGCCACAGCCUAAAGUACACACAGCUGUGACUUGAUUUGAAAAUAAAAUAUUUGAAGAUGUAGCAAGCUAAUACAGAAUGAUUAAAAUACAUGAGCCCAUUUGGGAUGGCUUCAGUG